GUAGCGGCAGUGACGGCAGCGGUAGCGGCGGCGGCAGAGGCAGCGGCGGCAGCAGCAGCGACAGCGGCAGAAGCAGUACCAACAGAAAAAAGCCGUCGGCAAAUGCAAAUUUCGAAAUUAAAUUUACAAAGGAACAUCAACUAGAUCUUAAACUUCGAAGACGGAAACUUAGUGGUCGAAUGCAAAGCUCGAAACCUCAACAUCGGGCACUGCGAGACGACGGUCGGCGCCACCUUCUGCAGGGAACUUCAAAAUGGCACCUGCGCCCAGCAGAUAGUUUCCGGGGCUGUUGCACACUGCUCCACACUCCCGGGUCACCUGGAUCCAGUGACGAUUGUUGAUCACGGCACUCUCAUUGUGAACGACGCCGAUGUAACCAUAACCGACGACCAAGGACGAGAGCAAAGGAUAUCCGGCACCUACCUAGUAACCUACUCCAGCAAGGUAGCUCUGAAUGGUACUUGGUUCAUCAAUCAGCUGGGAAAUUCAAAAAAGAAACCGGCUGUGUCGGCCAUGGCUGUUGUAAACGUCACGGCUCAUCAGAACCGAUUAAGCCUUCCACUCCUCCACGAGCUGAGUCUGAGGAACCUCCACCACAUUGGGGCCCUUAGAGAAAAACUUACCAUGGGGUCCCUCCUCAGCAACUCCUUCGCCUUACUUGCUGCCCUCCUAUUGUGCUGUACCAUUGGGAUUGGCUACCACCUCUUACGGGCCAGAAGCCAUGCCGAGCCAGGAGCCAGCACUGAUGCAGAGCCAGCGGGUCCCCGAGACGGCGACCUCUUAAAGGAGGGAGGAGUUAACACCAGCAGUUUUCACGGAGUGAAACUGCCGAGUUGCGGGCCAUAUCCGGUGGCAUGCACGCGUAUUGAAAAGACCGCUGAUCCCGCACUUGCGCAAUUGCCCGGAGUCUGAGCCAAACAUUCGCGAAGCGAGUAAUCGGCCGGAUACAGAAGUGCUGACCUGGCCCUCUGCCGGCAGCGCUGCAACUAACC